AUGCCGUACGAGGGUCUCCACCACCAGCCCAACCCCGAUGAUGUCGCUGUGUGGUCAUCAAAGACACCCAUAAUUAGGUUCACUACGGUGGAGAUGCACCAAAGUGACCGGGUGAAACUACAAUUUAGGAUGCAUCAGGAUAUUCCAGAUGCUCUAGUAGACUUGGGGCAGUGGCAUCAAAAGCGGGUGGACGCACAGUGGAGUGUUAGUGAUUGGAAGGAGUUUGCGAAGGAGUUGCGUAUACAUUGGAAAAGAAGAAGGCAGCACGUCUUAACCGAUCGUGUUGUGCAUGGGGCUAGGCCAAGUCUUCAAUAUAUGACUUGGUUUAGGUCUGUCACGACAUAUCAGUUUUUCCUGUCCCAGCCAACCUAUUUGGCUGACCCAAGGGAACGCGAUUCUUCGUCAAACACACAGCAACAGUUCAAUGCCCAAAAUUGGCCUUACGAAAACCCAUACAUGUCAACAAAUACCCCCUAUCAACAACAACAUCCUUACAUGCCACCCACCCAGUCUCAACCUCAACCACCAUACCAUUAUAGCCCUGAUACGUCUUUUGAGCCUAUCCCUUCCACCUAUAGCCCUGAUACGUCUUUUGACCCUACCCCCUCCAACUACCCCGCUAACUACCCCUCCAGUCAUCCACUAUUUGACUACCACACCCCACAACAACCAACACACAUAGACCAACCCAAUUCCAUGUACACAUUCGGACAACCAUAUCGUCCAUACUCCACCCAACCUUCCCGACAAUCCUUCGAAAACAUGGGCAUUGGGCUUGACUACGGCAGCACCAUUGACAGUGGACCUCCCGGCUAUUGGGGUCAAAUGAUGCAAAAUCUAUCUGAUACGUCGGAGCCGUCCCAACAACAUCCUCCUCCACAACUCAACACACAACGUCCCGACACACCACAACAACCUCGUCGUAGACCUCGUCGCAACCCGCAUCCUCCACAGUGUGGCACCGGUGGUCGCUUGGAUAGAGCCGACCAUUAG